GCUCCGUCUCCGCCAGGCGAGGGCCGCGGCGCAGUUGCCGGGAACCUCUCCGGGGCGGCGGCGGCGUUUCCGGGGAGCCGGUUGGCGGGCGGACCCGGCUCCUGUGCGGGGCGGAAGUGGGCGGCUGCGGUCCGAGGGGAUCCGCGCUGCGGGCGGAAUCUGGCCGAGCUGGAGGGCGCCGGGGAACGGAGCUCGGGCGGCCCCCGAGGCCCGGGCGAGCGGACAGCUGCGGGGCCUGCGGCGAGCGCGGCGGUGCCCGGGGAGCGCGGAGGAGAUGGGGCGCCGAGCCGGAUUGGGGCCGGGGCGUCGGCCAUGUUCGCGGGGCUGCAGGACCUGGGCGUGGCCAACGGCGAGGACCUGAAGGAGACGCUGACCAACUGCACCGAGCCGCUCAAAGCCAUCGAGCAGUUCCAGACAGAAAAUGGCGUGCUGCUGCCCUCCCUGCAGUCGGCCUUGCCCUUCUUGGACCUGCAUGGGACGCCCCGACUGGAAUUCCACCAGUCAGUGUUUGAUGAGCUUCGGGACAAGCUGCUGGAGCGCGUGUCAGCCAUUGCCACAGAGGGGAAGGCCGAGGAGAGGUACAAGAAACUCGAGGACCUUCUGGAGAAGAGCUUUUCUCUGGUGAAGAUGCCAUCUCUGCAGCCAGUGGUGAUGUGCGUCAUGAAACACUUGCCCAAGGUUCCUGAGAAGAAACUGAAGCUGGUGAUGGCCGACAAGGAGCUGUACCGGGCCUGCGCCGUGGAGGUGAAGCGGCAGAUCUGGCAGGACAACCAGGCGCUCUUUGGCGACGAGGUCUCCCCGCUGCUGAAACAGUACAUCGUGGAAAAGGAGAGCGCGCUCUUCAGCACGGAGCUCUCCGUCCUGCACAACUUCUUCAGCCCUUCCCCCAAGACCAGACGCCAGGGCGAGGUGGUGCAGAGGCUGACCCGGAUGGUGGGCCGCAACGUGAAGCUGUACGACAUGGUCCUGCAGUUCCUGCGCACGCUCUUCCUGCGCACCCGCAAUGUGCACUACUGCACGCUGCGCGCCGAGCUGCUCAUGUCCCUGCAUGACCUGGACGUCGGCGACAUCUGCUCCGUGGACCCCUGCCACAAGUUCACAUGGUGCCUGGACGCUUGCAUCCGAGAGCGCUUCGUGGACAGCAAGAGGGCCCGGGAGCUGCAGGGCUUCCUUGACGGAGUGAAGAAGGGGCAGGAGCAGGUCCUGGGGGACCUGUCCAUGAUCCUGUGUGAUCCCUUCGCCAUCAACACCUUGUCGCUGAGCACGGUCAGGCACCUGCAGGAGCUGGUGGGCCAGGAGCUGCUGCCCAGGGACAGCCCGGAUCUCCUCCUGCUGCUCCGGCUGCUGGCGCUGGGCCAGGGGGCAUGGGACAUGAUCGACAGCCAGGUCUUCAAGGAACCCAAGAUGGUAACAGGGAGGUGGAGCUGGUCACCAGGUUCCUGCCCACGCUCAUGUCCUUUGUGGUGGACGACCACGCCUUCAACGUGGAUCAGAAGCUCCCGGCCGAGGAGAAGGCCCCGGUCUCGUACCCAAGCACGCUGCCAGAGACUUUCACCAAGUUCCUGCAGGAGCAGCGCGUGGCCUGCGAGGUGGGGCUGUACUACGUGCUGCACAUCACCAAGCAGAGGAACAAGAACGCGCUCCUGCGCCUGCUCCCGGGUCUCGUGGAGACCUUCAGCGAUCUGGCGUUCGGGGACAUCUUCCUGCACCUGCUCACGGGCAACCUGGCGCUGUUGGCGGACGAGUUUGCCCUGGAGGACUUCUGCAGCAGCCUCUUCGACGGCUUUCUCCUCACCGCCUCCCCGAGGUGCCCGUCCUCUCGGUCCACAUCUCGGUCGGGGGCGCCGGGCACAGCUGGGGAGGGGGUGGGAGGGCGGCUCUGCAGCCGCCUGCAGCCCAGCGCGGCCUCUUCCAGGAAGGAGAAUGUGCAGCGGCACGUGCUGCGGCUCCUCCUCCACCUGCACCACCGGGUGGCCCCAUCCAAGCUGGAGGCCCUGCAGAAGGCGCUGGAGCCCACGGGCCAGGGAGGGUGACCUGCAUGCCAAGCGCCGCCCCUGCGCCAUGGACCGCGGCCAGCCCAGUCCGGAGCCCGCGGCAGCGGACCACGUCGCCCCCGGCCCGAGCGUGAUCGCGCCCGUGCGCGCCGUGGUCCGCCUGCGCCGUCGCGUGCGCCUCCUGCGCAAGCGGUGCUUCCCGCCUACGGCCGUGAGGCCGGACUCCGAGCCCCGGGCGCCGCGCGCGGACCCGGACCAGCCUCAGUUCUUCACCUUCGACGGCCCGGCGGAGCUGUCCUCGAGGCCGCCGCGAAAGAAGCGCCGGCGCAGCCGCUUGGUGCUCUACCCCGAGACGUCGCGCAAGUACCGGCCGCGCGUGGAGCGCCGGAGCCGCGCGCAGCGUUGCCUGUUGUUGCUCGUGGCCAUCGUGGGCUUCCAGGUGCUCAACGCCAUCGAGAACCUGGACGAUAACGCGCAGCGCUAUGACCUUGACGGGCUGGAGAAGGCGCUGCAGCGUGCCGUGUUCGGCCAGCCGGCGGCCGUGGAGCGCAUCGUGGCGCUGCUGCGGGACUACCUGGCCACGCACGUGCACAGCCGCCCGCUGCUCCUGGCGCUGCACGGGCCCAGCGGCGUGGGCAAGAGCCAUGUGGGCCGCCUGCUGGCGCGCCACUUCCGCGCGGUGCUCGAGGACGGCGCGCUCGUGCUGCAGUACCACGCGCGGCACCACUGCCCCGAGCCGCGCGCCGCGGAGGACUGCCGCCAGGAGCUGGCGCGGCGCGUGGCCGACGUCGUGGCGCGGGCCGAGGCGGAGGAGAAGACCCCGCUCCUGCUUCUGGACGACGUGGAGCUCCUGCCGCCGGCGCUGCUGGACGAGCUGCACGGCUUCCUGCAGCCGCAGCGCUCGCACCACUUCCACAAUGCCAUCUACGUGCUCCUCAGCGGCAAUGGCGGCGCGGAGGUCACGCGCUUCGUGCUGCAGAACGCGUCCCGCGCGCUGGCCCUGCGCGCAGACGGCGCCCACGGGGCCGCGGCGGUGGCGGCACAGGCUGAGGAGGAGCUGCGCGCCAGCCUGAGGGCGCUCCUGGUCCGCGAGCACCCGCUGUGGGAGGUCGCGACUAUCGUGCCCUUCCUGCUGCUGGACAAGGGGGACGUGGUCAACUGCUUCCGGGACGAGAUGGCCGGGGAGGGCUUCUUCCCAGAGCAGGCCCGCGCCGAGCUCCUGGCCGCGCAGCUCAGUUACUACCGCGUGGCUGGCCGGGAGUUCGCCGUCACUGGCUGCAAGCAGGUGGUGGCCACGGUGAACCUCUUGUAGCGCAGGUGCCACCGGACGCAGUGGACGCCCACUGGCACGACGGGACGUUGGUUUGACAGGGGCAUUUGGAGGGAGGGGACCCUGUGGAUUUGCCCCAGGCCUCUACGCCUCGAAUAAAUCUGUCCAUGGCC